AUGCAAUUCCCCUACCUCUUCACCGCCCUAGCUCUCGCCAUGACGGCCAGCGCGCUCCCUACCGGCGAGAACGUCGACACGCUAGCUCCGCGCACCUACGGCACCCCAGCUGCGUCAUGCACCAACAACCAGCAGUCGGUGUGUUGCAACGGUCCGCUCGGCGCCCUCAGCUGUGCCGUCACCGUGUUGGGUAGCACGUGCGGGGGACAAUCCUACUGCUGCGAGACCAACGCCGCCCCUGGCACCGUGGUUAACGUCCAGCUCCUCAACUGCGUCAAGGUCGGCUAG